UAUACGAUCGACCGACAGUGACAGUGACAACUCAAACAAUAAAUACUUACUCAUUUAUUUGACUUCCAAGUUUGAAGCAAAAAUAAAUAAAAUUUUCACGAAUAUACAUAAUUAUUUUUCUCUACCAAUUCCACAAUAUUUAGUACACAAACUUGAAUAAACAUUGAACCAGUGAAUUAACAUGAAAGCAUGCACAGCAAACCUCAAUAGAUGGUGUCGGCCCUUGUUCAUAACCUCUCGGCAUUAUUGCGAACAUAAAUCUAUUUACGAGCGAGAUGAGGCAGGCGAAAAACCUCGACUGGUACGAGGAAAGCCCUAUCCUGAAUGGCGUAAACCUUGGAUCAAACGAGAUGGCGAAUGGAAGAGCAAACUCUCUGUGUUCAUUGAGAAAAAUCCUAGUCCAGACAUUAUGUAUGCAUUAUCCAAUAUACCUAACCUGACUAUGGAUCAGAUAAAGCAGUGGUGGGCUCACAUGAAAGUAGUGCAAGAGAUAGAGAAUCAAAGGCGAUUGCCGGAAAGAAUUGCAGCCCUUGGUUCAAACCUGGCUGCUCUACAUUUCUUCACAUAUAGAGGAUGUGCUGUCAGGAUGAAGGGCUCUAAAGAAUGGGUUGCAGGAGAUGCAUUGACACUUAAGCUUCCAACAAGCUAUAUUGAUGGUCAUUUUGUAGAAGCAGUUGAUUGCACCCAUUUCCAUCACAAUGGUAUACGCUUUGAAGGCAUUGAGAAUUUGUUGGGUUUAAAUUUCCUGAAAUGGCUGUCAUUGAAAAACAAUAGACAUGUUGAUGUGUGGUGUCUCGAUAGAUUAUCUGGGCAGAACGGGAAAACACUGGAGUAUUUAGACAUAAGUGGCUGCAAUUUAUGUGUUGGAUGCAUUGUAGCAAUUUCUAGAAUGAAUGCUUUGAAAUAUUUAGUACUCACAGAUCCAGGCCCAAACAUCAAACUUCAAGCUGCCAUUUCUCAACUGGAGGAAGAGAAACCACAUUUAUUAAUAAAAGCUGUCAAUCCAAUAAUCGAAACAAAGAUAGACUCUACCAAAAAGACAUCUAGCUAUUUAUAAGAUUUCUCCAAAAUACAAUGGUAAAAAGUAGUCAAAGAAUAGUAUUUUUACUUCAAUACAUAGAUAAUAAUUUCACAAGCUUUAUUUAUUUUGUUCAUUCAUAUGCAGUUGAUAUGCACAAAAGAACCAGUGUUUCUACACUCCACCCCCUUUCUUAUUAGUCAAUUCAUAUGAUUGAGUACAUUUUUUAUCCUUCAAUCAUCAAAGAUCACAGCUGUGUGAUCGCAGAUAUAUAAUUUUUCAAUGUAUGGCAUUAUUUUUUAUCAAUAAUUGUACAAAAUUGUAAAUAAGUGUAAUAAAUUAUUAGUACAAAGGAUUGUUAGUAGUAAGUGAAAUUGUUAAAUGUUGAAAAGGCAAUAAAUAAAAUUCAUAAAUGUG